CGCGAAUCUCGCCCUCUUUCGUUUCAGCUCGCGCCAGCACGCCGCGUGUCAGACGAAUCAGCGUCGAAGUCCUCCGCGUUCACGUGCGCUGAAUCUCCGCAAAGAGUGGGACAACAAUAAACAAUUUGAACUGAAAAUACCAUCCUAAAACCAGAAAAAGAAAAUGACGUCUAAAAAGCAGAGUUUACUGAGAGAGGCGUCUCAUCAAAUCAUUGCAGGUGGAUCAGCAGGUCUGGUGGAGAUUUGCUUGAUGCACCCUCUGGAUGUUGUGAAGACCAGGUUUCAAAUCCAGAGAGGGAGGGGUGAUCCAACUAGUUAUAAAGGCCUUGGAGACUGUUUCAGAACUAUAUUUCGCAAUGAGGGAUUGUAUGGCUUCUACAAAGGAAUCCUUCCCCCCAUUUUGGCCGAGACUCCAAAGAGAGCAGUGAAGUUUUUCACAUUUGAGCAGUACAAGAAGCUCUUGAGUUUUACUCCAUUAUUGCCAGGAAUGGCUCUUUCUGUGGCUGGCCUGGGGUCAGGGCUAACUGAGGCACUGGUUGUAAAUCCAUUUGAAGUAGUGAAAGUGAGCCUACAAGCCAACAGGGAUUCAUUCAAAGUGCAACCCUCUGCGUUUGCACAGGCUCGUGCUAUUAUAAAUACUGAAGGCUUUGGGCUCCGUGGGCUUAAUAAGGGCCUCACUUCCACCCUUGGACGGCAUGGCGUCUUCAACAUGAUCUACUUUGGUUUCUACUUCAAUGUUAAAGAUGCCAUACCUGCUUGUCAGGACCCUAGACUGGAUUUCAUGAGGAAGUUUGCUAUCGGUUUGGUGUCAGGAACAGUUUCGUCCUGUGUGAACAUUCCUUUUGAUGUAGCUAAAAGUCGUAUCCAGGGUCCUCAGCCGGUUCCAGGGGAGAUCAAGUACUGCAGCUGCUUUCAGACCAUGGGCCUUGUGUACCGUGAGGAGGGAUAUUUAGCCUUAUACAAAGGACUAAUUCCCAAGAUUAUGAGACUUGGACCAGGAGGGGCAGUCAUGUUGCUGGUUUAUGAAUAUGUAUCUGGCUGGCUGCAAAAGAACUGGUGAAAAUCGACACCUCUUCAACAAACAUGCUGCAGGGGUCUGUACUACAGCCUUCUCUGGUUGUAUCAUCACUAUCAUUCCACUUAGCUUAAGCUCAGUUUUCAUCUGCAUCUUCAAACAUGUCCUGUAAUGAACUAGAUUUCCCACCGUUGUCACAUUGCAACAGCACAGUCACCUUCUUGGAUCGGUUUGAUGUUCCAACUUUUUCUUUACAGGUGUCAGAACACAACUACCGAGAAAUAACUGAGAGAGUUACCUGUACACAUGCCUGCAUAUUUAAUACUAACCAUUGCAGUGCUCCACACCCAAAGAGAUAAUGGAGUACAAAAUAGAUUUGGCACGUCAUUUUGAACUUAAAACAAAAUUCUGAUCAAGCAGCACAAAAAUUACACUGAGCCCGAGGGAAGCGUCUACUGUAUCUUUAGAAGGCCAUCUCGGGUCUGUUACUUUAUCAAAUAUGUUUGUCUAUUAAUACAUGACUUUCCAUUGUGAGACUACAAGAUCUCAUCCUCUCAAGGUCUUAAAUCUAAACAGCUUUAUGUCUCAUGUCUUAAUAGCUUUAACAGUGUUGAUAAUUCAAAUUCAGAGCAAAAAUACUUUUAUAUCAAGAUGUCACGAUAAGAAAAUGGCAGGUGUUGGAAAUGUCUUUUUCAUGAUUUUUUUUUUUUUUUAAAUUGAUGUAUGUAAUUAGAUUUAAUAAAUGGAAAAAUAGUCUUAACCAGGCAAAGUAUUGUUUGUGAAAGUAAUACUGACAAAAGUACAAAUUACCUUUUAUAUAUUUACAGUGUAUAUAUCACAUUAUGGGCAUUCAAAUCUCCUCUAAAUUUGGGGAAUCCAAAAUUGUUUUGUGAAGAAAAAAAAUAACUGUAAAACAGCAAUUAUAAGAAAUUAAAAGCAAUUAUAAGUACCCCAAAAUUGUACAUUUAAUCAUGUCUGUAAUGUACUUCUAAAUGCUACUAAUCCACAAUAAAUUGAGGAACUUGUGGAAUUGUUUUGGUGCCUUUGGAAAUAACACUUUCACAAUAUAAAUCACUAUUGAAAUGUUGCAACAUUGAAAUCAUCUUAAUGUUGGGGAUCGAGUUUCAUUUCUUGUAAUUUAAUGAGUUGUCAUUUGUUAAUCUGGACUGGAUUGUAAUUCUUUGUUAGUAAUAAUAACAAAUUGCAGUUGAGAGGGAGGUGGAAUCUCUGUGGUUUUACUCUGUGGUGACAAUCACUGCCGAUGAUGAGUCAGCUGAUUUUUAUUUUUUUAUGUUAAUUGUUUUUUUCCCUCCAUACCAAACUCUGCAGGGUGAUUCAACAAAGCUCAGCACAACUUGAAAAAUGCAAAUAAAAUGUAAACAGUCAGGAUUGCCUCUCUAUGAUCUCAUAAUAAAAAUAUGAACACUGUGCUGUGUUCACCUUUUG